UUGCAGGAGGUGGAUCGGCACCACCUAACGAACUGGAGCACUCUAAUGAAAAGGGUGAUACCUCUAAACCAGAAGGACCAACUGAGGCCAAGUCUAAUGUUUCUACUCCAAAAUCCAUCUCAGUUUCACUUCCCCCUCCAGAAAUACCAUCUCCAACCACACAUCCGCUCCCGUCUGCGUCACCCCCUGUUUCCAAGCAAUCAGAUUCACCAGAAUCCACCAAAGGCUUCCGUCCACGCCAAGACUCUGUUGCGUCAGCAUCAUCUAUAUACAGUCCCUCGGUUUAUACCACUACUUCGAAUUUAGGCGGCCCAGAUAAAGAUGUCCAUGGUCCAGCAGCACGCUUUUAUGUUGGACGUAGCUCAUGGGAGGAAAGGGCGUGGUUGGAGCUG